GCCCGGCCUCAGGGACGGGCGAGCCCGGGCGCGGGAGGCGGCGGCCCGGGCUCCAGCCCGGAGACUUGUCCGCCGCGCCCCUGCUGCUCCCAGCGCGCCGCGCGCGGAGUCCUGGUCCCCGGCUGUGGCCCCGCCCCUGCCGCCAAGCCCCGCCCCGCGCGGGCUCUGGUUCCACCCCCUGGACCUGGCCACGCCCCCGGGGCUUGUGGGGCGCCAUGGCCUCGGAGUCCGUGAAGGUAGUGGUACGCUGCCGGCCCAUGAACCAGCGCGAGCGCGAGCUGAGCUGUCAGACGGUGGUGACGGUGGACUGCGCACGCGGCCAAUGCUUCAUUCAGAACCCGGGAGCGGCCGACGAGCCUCCGAAGCAGUUCACCUUCGACGGCGCCUACUACAUGGACCACUUCACCGAGCAGAUCUACAACGAGAUCGCCUACCCGCUGGUGGAGGGUGUCACUGAGGGCUACAACGGUACUAUUUUUGCAUAUGGCCAGACAGGCAGUGGGAAAUCCUUCACCAUGCAGGGCCUGCCGGAUCCCCCCUGCCAGAGAGGCAUCAUCCCCAGAGCCUUCGAGCAUGUAUUUGAGAGUGUUCAGUGUGCAGAAAACACCAAGUUCCUGGUCCGGGCUUCCUAUCUGGAGAUCUACAAUGAAGAUGUCCGUGACCUGCUUGGCGCUGACACCAAGCAGAAGCUGGAGCUGAAGGAGCACCCUGAGAAGGGUGUAUAUGUCAAGGGGCUGUCCAUGCACACGGUGCAUAAUGUGGCCCAGUGCGAGCGUGUCAUGGAGACCGGCUGGAAGAACCGUGCGGUUGGCUACACCCUGAUGAAUAAGGACUCCUCCCGCUCACACUCCAUCUUCACCAUCAGCAUCGAGAUCUAUGCCGUGGAUGAGCGGGGUAAGGACCACCUCCGUGCAGGCAAACUCAACCUGGUAGACCUGGCGGGCAGUGAGCGGCAAUCCAAGACUGGGGCCACGGGGGAAAGGCUGAAGGAGGCCACCAAGAUCAACCUGUCACUGUCAGCCCUGGGCAACGUCAUCUCCGCCCUGGUGGACGGACGUUGCAAGCAUAUCCCUUACCGGGAUUCGAAGCUGACGAGACUGCUGCAGGACUCACUGGGCGGCAAUACCAAGACUCUGAUGGUGGCCUGCCUGUCCCCUGCCGACAACAAUUAUGACGAGAGCCUCAGCACGCUGCGCUAUGCCAACCGGGCAAAGAAUAUCAAGAACAAGCCACGCAUUAACGAAGACCCCAAGGAUGCCCUGCUCCGAGAGUACCAGGAGGAGAUCAAGAGGCUGAAGGCCAUCCUGGCCCAGCAGAUGGGCCCUGGCCAGCUAUCAGCCUUGCUGUCCACUCAGACACCCCUGAGCCCUGCCCAGCCUGAGGAGAAGCUGCUGACCCCCACUGCUGUGCAGCAGGACACUGAGGCUGAGAAACAGCUGAUCCGGGAGGAGUAUGAGGAGCGUCUGGCCCGCCUGAAGGCUGACUAUGAGGCGGAGCAAGAGUCUCGCGUCAGGCUGCAGGAGGACAUCACUGCCAUGCGGAACUCAUAUGACGUGAAGCUGUCCACACUGGAGGAGAAUCUACGUAAGGAGAAAGAAACAGAAGCAGUUCUCAAGGCAGAAGUCCUCUAUAAGACAGAGGUCAUGUCCAGGGCUGAGUUAGCCAACGGGUCCGAGUACUCACCAGCUUUGCAGUACGAGACGGCAGUGAAGCCUACCAUCCUCUCCAUGCCCGACACCCUGCCGGGUGACGAGGUCACCAAGAGCCAAGCUCCCCUCACAUUUGAGGAACUGCCCCCGGUGGAGCCCUCCAGGUCAGAGAUUUCUUUCGGGUCCAAUGAAUCAUCUACCCUCGAAGACUCCUCCAUGUCUGAGGCCUUCCCUGGACCAGAUGAGCUUUCCAACGUGGAGUUCUCCAUGCCUGGGGUGCUGGCUGAGAGCAGGUACUUCUCUGAUGAAUAUCUUGGUCCAGAAGCUGCUGCAUCUUCAUUGGAGGCAGAAAACUAUGUCCAAGAGGAUGAGCUGCCACUGGAGCCCCUGCAGAUAUUGACAAGCCUGCAAGACCCCUUUGCUGAAGUCGAAGCCAAGCUAGCCACACUCUCCUCUACAGUGGCCCUAACAGACCUAUCCCAGAUGGAUGUUCCCCAGACCCUUGAGCAGCCAUCCUCAACAGACCUUCUGGAGCCCAGUAACAUGAAGUCAGAACCUGAGGUGGUUGACAGCCUCCUCCUUGAGACUGAGCCCAGUGUAGACCUGAAGGUGGCUGAGGAGGUGGUGUCUGAGGCAGAGACUGGCGUGUGGAUGGAGUCUGAAGCCCACGUGGCCCAGGUGGCCGAGGUGGCCCAGCCUCAGCCCUUACUGGCCAUGGCGAGCGUGAGAAGGGAGGGUGUAGGCGUGGAAGUGGCUGUGCUGACCGAGGAGCUGCAGCCUGUGGAUCAGCAGCGGGUGCUGGCCCGCUUGCAGAUGCUGGAGCAGCAGGUGGUGGGGGGCGAGCAGGCUAAGAACAAGGACCUGAAGGAGAAGCACAAGCGACGGAAGCGGUAUGCUGAUGAGCGCAAAAAGCAGCUGGUGGCUGCGCUGCAGAAUUCGGACGAGGACAGUGGGGACUGGGUGCUGCUCAAUGUCUAUGACUCCAUCCAAGAGGAAGUGAGGGCCAAGAGCAAGCUGCUGGAGAAGAUGCAGAAGAAGCUCCGGGCCGCAGAGGUAGAAAUCAAGGACCUGCAGUCAGAGUUCCAGCUGGAGAAGAUCGAUUACCUGGCGACCAUCCGCAGGCAGGAGCGGGACUCCAUGCUCUUCCAGCAGCUCCUGGAGCAGGUGCAGCCGCUCAUUCGCAGGGACUGCAACUAUAGCAACCUGGAGAAGAUCCGGCGGGAGUCGAGCUGGGAUGAGGAUAACGGCUUCUGGAAGAUCCCGGAUCCCAUCAUCCUAAAGACCAGCCUCCCAGUAGCAGUUUCAACCGGGCCACAGAACAAGUCAGCUCGCAAAACCUCUGCAGUGGACAGUGGCGAGCCACAUAUGCAGGAGGAAGACCGGUAUAAGCUGAUGCUCAGCCGAAGUGACAGUGAAAAUAUUGCCAGUAACUACUUUCGGUCCAAGCGGGCCAGCCAGAUCCUCAGCACGGACCCCAUGAAGAGCCUCACACAUCACAACUCACCUCCAGGGCUCAAUUACCCUCUCAGCAACAACUCUACCAUGCCACCCUCCCAGACCCCUGAAAUGCCCCAGCCCCGGCCCUUCCGCCUGGAGUCCCUUGACAUCCCCUUCUCCAAAGCCAAGCGUAAGAAAAGCAAGAGCAGCUUUGGCAGUGAGCCUCUGUGAUCCAGCUACCGGCUGCUACCUGUCUUCAGGCUUCUAGAAACUUCCAAGUCCUCCCCCAUGAAGCCCCAACCAGGCCUCCUCUCCCCUACUCCACAGUGUCCCCAAGGCCAAGGGAAUCUUAGCCCUGGGAAGACACAUUCCCUUCCCUGUUCCCUAGAGAACUCACUUUGGCCCAGGGCCUGAGUUUUGUGGAAGCUGGACUACCCUUCCCAGAGAGAGGCCCGCCAGCUGUCCACAGCAGCCAAUGUUCCCACUGACUUUCCUGCCACAGAGCCUACACUAGCCAGUGUGGGUCUACUUCCAUGGGCUCGGGUGCCACUGGGCCCUCACAAGCAUCCUCACCACUGGGCACAGAAGCUGCCACUGGAUGAAGUUCAACAUAUUGAUGACUAAGAUUCUGGCCUCUGUGUGAUUGGCCCCUUCCAAGGGACGCAGAUGGAGACCUGGAGCCAACUAUUAUGCCUGCCUACUAUUGGCUGGACCACAGCCCAAAGAAGGUGCUUUACACUAAGCUGCCUAAUAAACUGUCUUUUAGAAUAAGCUCCCCUCCCCAACCCUCUGAUGCUUCUGCCCACCCCCCACCCCCCCUCACUGUCCUGGAGAGAGACUGUCUACUACCACAGGCUGUUCCUGUCAGCAGCAGCACAAGUGACUAUAGAAACAGAACCAUGCUUGCUGAGGCAGAAAUGACCUGGGUUGUAGUGUAUGUGCCUAUGGAGAUCAUAGAGCAACUGAGCUGUCUCCCCA